CGUGGGGUUCUGGCAAUAGGAUUUGGUGCUUGACCCAUGGAUCUCUGUUCGGAUGACGCGCUCCAAAGCACGAGCCACGGCCAUUUGGGCGCUUCUGGCGGUGCCUCUUUGGCUAGGUGUCUCCAAUGCAUCAAUCCCAUCGAUCCCUGUGCUGGAGCCUGGUAGCGCUCAGUUAGCCACGGCCUUCCGCCAGCUGGGCGCCUUCCAAACGCCCCUGGCCGGCGCGACGGCGGCCGCGACGCAGCGGUGCUUUGGGGACUUUGCUGCGAUGCUGGCGCAGCCUGAAGAGGAGAAGCGCCUUCAUGUUUCCCAUGACUUGUUGGAACUGCAUGGCUAUCAGCCACGAGGAGAAUUGGGUGAACGCUACAACGCGCACCGCUCGGGCUUCAUCUUCCAUGGCUCCAAAGCUGCGCCAUGGGUGAACCCUGAAGUGGAGGAGCGCAUUUCGAUCUGGAGGGCAGACAUUUGGCAGUUGGCUGGCAGGAUCUUUGAUGCCUUGAUCCAAGAGCUUGACCUCAAGGCGAUUUCUGCCGGUCAUUUCAGCCGCCAUGGGCCGUUCGACAUGGUGUCCCACUCGCAGUUCCAGGUGAAGGAGAUGCAUCCGGUGGCUGCAGGGCCAAAUGCGAAGGUCGUUCGCCUACCACUGCACCAAGAUCCCAGCUUCCUUUCGCUGCUGAUCCACCACUCCUCCGAGCCACCGGGACAAGGCUGUGAGUUUUGGCUGGACCAGGAGCAGCGCUUCCUCCCGCUCGCCAGGUCUGGCCCCACAGUCUGCACGGUGAUCAUCGGCCAGCUCUUCCACCUGCUGCUGGGACGAAGGAGCUUCGCAAAAGGCAAGCACAGAGUGGUGACCAGGGCCGCAGAUAUGGAGAAACCGCGCAUCUCUGCCACCUUCUUUUUUCAGCCAUCGCCCGAUCAGCUGUUGACACCCCUGGUGAGUGGAGAAGAGACACCAGAGACGAUCCAGACCUUCCGCGAGCGCCGGCGCCGAAGCUACGGCCGCUUCGCCCGGGCGGCGCUGGGGCCGAGACCAAAAGGACGCAGCGGAUGGAUGGACCCCAGAGGGGGGGUGGCGGUGGGUAUUUGGAAGCGGGAGCGGGUGGAAGUUGGAGAAGAGCAGGUGAAACAUGGUGAAACGGUGGAGGUGAAGGGGUGA